AUGGCCCCGAAGAAGGCAAAGGGCAAGCAGAAACAAGAGGAAAAGCCCUCUAAAGCCGUCUACCAAGGAGUCACCCUCUUCGAUCCUCCUGUCGUAAACAAUUUCAAGGAUGUGCCGGAGGGCGGUGCCACAGGCGCUUUCAACGAAGGUGAAACCGGUGUAGAUCCCUAUAUCCCAACGCAGGAAGACUCGUGGGGUGCAAAUGUGCACCAAGAAAUUCACAACUGGCCUGAUGUCCAGCCUACCACAGCCAUACCCAUACCUCCUCCAACCGUAACGAUCACGGCCCCAGUCAGUGACACUGCUUCCGGACAUAUGCCCACAAAUAGAUUAUCUGCGUCAGGUGCUGUUAACGAAGGAUAUGAUUCAUGGAGUGUCAAUAAUCACGAAGGUACCGAAAAUCCUCAAACUUGGGAUACUCAUCACAGUCAGACCUCCACGGUCACUGCUGCUCCAUCUGCCAUAACCUCUCCCGUCUCGCAACCCAUCUCUCUUUCUGCUGCAGCUGCUUUCCUAGAUACUCAAAAAACUUCCUCUGCAAGUGAAGCCGCGCGCAAGCUGGAGGCAAAACACGGAAUAUCUUCGCACCAUCAUCCGUGGCCCCCGCCAUCCAAUCCCCAAGCCCCGUCUCACCCAGUGCCCGCCCAUCGAGAUAAAGUUCCGACUAGUUCUGCAAUGAAGCGCUCAGUCCAGCAGCAACCAAUGGUUUGGCGCGACUCUAAAGCACCUAGCUCCGUGCAGGGAAGAACGAACGAGGGAUCUUGGGGGCAACCGCAUGGUGGUGCGAACGUCAGUUGGGGACAAACGAGGGGGAGUGGCGCUGGACAUCAUCAGCAAGGGCAACCUCAGCAUAGAGUGGUGCAAAGCUGGGAGACUUGGGGGAAACCGCCCAACUCCGUCAUCCGCGUAACGCCUCCUAGUCCUGAGAGUAGCUCAGAAGACAGUGAUGAAUUGGAGGAUGAAGAUGAUGAAUGGGAGACUGUUGGGCAUCAGGCGGGUGGUGGGAGGGGUCAACCAGAGGGGAACUUUGGACAAACGGCCGGCAGCUGGGGUGAGACUGGUGGCUGGGGGCAAGGGGGGCAAGGAAGCGUGACAUGGGGUACCGCAUCUCCUGCUGGUCAACACAAGCAGGCGGAUUGGGGUACGUGGGGAGCAGAAACUAAGCGGUUGCCAAAGGUGACUUUCGCCCCCUCCGCGCCUGAUGGAAGCAGGAAUAUCCUGUCUCCACAGCAGCGUUCGCAGAUCCUGAACUCCUUACUCAAUUUACCCCAGAGUCAGAAUACCAAGGCUGCCCAACACCAACACCAGCAGAAGCAGAAGGCGCAAAAUCAACCAGCCAGUAAUAAACAUACCACCAAACAGCAAACACAACCGCAAUGGCAGGGUUGGGGCGCAGAAGACGGUUGGGGUACUCAAGAACAAAGUAGCAAAAAGAAGAAUAAACAGCAACAACAACCGCAGGCGCAAUCACAACAGCAGUGGGGUUCGUGGGGAGAGGAAGCGAGUUGGGGUAAUCCAGAGCAAGCCAGUGACAAAAAGUCGAAGAAACGUGAAGAUCACCUGUCUGUGCCGGGACAAUGGGGAGAUGAAAAUCGUUGGGGAGCUGCAGAGCAUGGCGACGAGAAGUCGGGGAGACAUCAGCAAACGGAGGGGCAAUGGGGCAGUUGGGGAGCUGAGAACGCUCAAGGAACGCGUGCCAACAAAAAGGCUAAGAAAAAUCCAGACCACACUUCGCACAAUGGCAACUGGGGUGACGAUGAUUGGGGGAUGGCUGGCAAUGGCGGGAAGGGGGCGAAUAAAAGGCAAGAUGAUGCGAAUGGGGCAUGGGGUAGUUGGGGAGAGGACGCUGGCUGGGGAGCGAUCCAGGAGGAGACAGAAGAUGAGGAGACAGAAGACACUCAUCACGACAACUCCACCAGCAAGAACGUCUGGUCUGGCAAUCUGGGCAACAACUCCUACAGCAUGCCGUCCAAAACAUUGACCCAUGCUUACAAAGGAACAACGACCACUCUUCAUACUGCAAUCCCUCGAAGUAGUCUCAGUGAGCAUGCAAAUAUCCAGUUUCUCGAAUCUAAAGGUGUUGCGUUUCAACCUGUAACCAAUGCUUUCUUUGGAACAAACCGACUUGCUCGAGAACGUAUACAUUGGAUGUUUCCCUCGGACAAGGACGAGCGGGUCGCCGCUUUGUUGAUAUGGAUACAAACAGUAUCCUACAAUCUCGGCGCCUUUGGGCUGCACCGAUUUUUGCAGUCGCGAGAGCGUGGCGCACUCUUCGCCAACGCCGCUUUCCGAUUGCCCGACCAUCCGAAAGAACCAGUCUUUGACUGGUUGACUUUCGAUCAGCUUCAGGCCACGAAGGACAGAACUCUCCAGGAAUCUGUUGCUUUCUAUAACCCCGCUGUUCAAGUUAUCGUUUUCGUUUAUUUGCCAUCACAGAGCGGGAAUAGUGUUGCAAUUUGGAGACGAAAGAUUAUCGUGCCUAACAAUGUGCGAUUGGUAUUACAAGCUGAAAUUAACGUGGCAAUGGCUGCUCUUAGGAGAGAAAAGGACUACGUCGUGCAUGUCGAUGACCUCUCAUUCUUGCUUUUCGACUAUGUACGCAUCUUAUCUGUACGGUUGUUGGACAUAAUUAGAACUGUCACUGCAUUUGGUGUCCCUUAUACCGUCGCGCCUACUGGGACUACAGCCACAGAAUUGACGCGAGUAGAAGAAUCCAAUGGAUUAAACCCUAGGAUUCAAACGGAAAUGUUACCCAGUUCUCGAAGUCACGGGGAGGAACAAGCUCUCGAGUCGCACGAGUUCUUGGACAAAAUGCCUCCAAUCGAGGUCUUUGCCGGGCUAGACGCCGUACAAUCAUCGGCAGAAGAGGUACCAGGCCUUGCGACGCGCGCUGAACUUCAGCAGUGGUUAGCGGAACACGAUACUAUCGAAAAGGAAACGGAAAUCUUUGACACUGGCGAAUUGAAGAAGCUCAGGCAGCUAACGAAAGCGGCGACCCAGCGGAACCUAUCCCCUCAGGAUACUGAUGUGAUUGAGUUGACGCUGACAACCAUUUAUGAACUGGACAAAUUGUUACAUCUUCUCCGCGACCGCUCCGAACAUUUGGAACUCUUGAGUGUCAGGUUGACAUGGGAGGAGAAUAGGAUUGGGUCGUGGAAGGACCGUCGCGGAAUUAUCAACGAUCUUAAUGUCUUUCUUACGAAACGCGCGCGGUGGUCGCCCUCAAUUUACGACGGGCCCUCUCCAAUGGCUGAGGAUGUGACCAUGCCAAGUCGACGCGCCUCAGUCACUUCAUUGGCGUCGGUUGGCUCUGAUACCAGCAUAUCCGUUCCGUCAUUCUCUCGUAGUGCCCGCUUCAAGCUAGCAGAGCUGCUCUCCCGAGAUGCAGCCCAGUUUGGUGCACGCAUCACCAGCCUUCGUCAUGGAAAAGUCGCUGCCGCCGGUAAGGCGCUCGACAAGUUAAUUGAUAACAGUCGGAAGCCUGUUCCGGAGGUACUUCUCGACGAACAAGAUCAUUUGGAGGAAAAGAGCAUCAACGAGAUGGAGCACGUUGGCAAGUUUGUUAUGAACCUAGUUAUGCAGUGGAGAAAGGCUGAUGAAAUCUAUGUUGAGACGAAAAAAGAUCAACUUUCAGCUCAAAAUCUGUUGGAAGAGAUCGAGACGGCCAAACUUCAGCUUCCUACCUCACGCCAGAGCUCAUUAUUCGCCAGUCGCGCGGACGCAAUCCUAAAAAGGUUGUCUGUGCGAUGUGAUCCCGCAUCAACCACAAGCACAUUUCCUCUUCCAGAACACCCUCUAUUUCUCGAUCAAAAAGCGUUUAAUGUAACGCUGGCUGAGAAUCUUUCUCUGGAAAUCGCCACUGCAACCACCAUGGCUCGAGCUGUUCAUGUCGCUGCGCAAGAGUAUCGAAAUAAAUACGACGCAGUAAAACGCGUUGAGACUAUGGUGCAGUCUGCAAAUGAACUAUCUGAAUCGUUCGCAACUGUCAUUCAACGAUUAAAGGAUGGUGUGACUGGAAGUGACGAAGAUGGGACUCCUCCUGAUCUCACCACCGAGGCAUGCUUAGAGCCGACACGCCAUUCAGUUUUUGUUGCUCUCCUACCAUCCAUGCUCGAAGAAAUGUCGCGUAUUUGUGAACCUUCUGAUGAACUUUUGCGGACCUCCCAUAUUCAUCUCCACUCUCUGGAUCUUUUAGACAUCGACGCCAUCUACAGAGACAACGCUGCUGCUGAUAUCCGGAGGUUGAGUACCAUGCGACAGGAAGCCCAGAGUCUUUGCGAUUCUGUUUCAGAAAAGGUUGUCAAAUUGCGAGAGGCGAGAAGAAUUUGGUCUCUCAUGGAUGACAAACUGAAGGAACUUGACGGUAUACGACUGCGAAUCUUCGAGGUAAUGGAGAAACAGCGGUGGCGUCAAGAAUCAAACGGAACUGGGGCACCCCUUACUCCGGAAAGUCCGACAAUUCUUCUAUCGUCCGUAGGAUCCACUCAUGCGGACAUAAACGUGGAACUUCACCGCCUGCGUCAUGAUAUAUCAAAUACCGUCGAAAUACCGGUGGAGACCCUUGCUAUAGACUUACAGCCACCUCUCAAGGACUACCUGCUUGAAAGUUCUAAAGCUCUGAAGAGGCGUGUGGAAAACGUUGAACAGAUGCUUCAGCUACUCACCGCAAUCCAAAAACAGUCAGCUGCAAUGAAUCUGGUACGCGAAGAACAUAAUGGUUUCCUUCUUCGUAUCGAAAACCUUAAAAUUCAAUAUCGCCAAACCAUCGACGAUACGCUUGGUGAUCAUACGGUGAUUGGUCCGUCCAACAACGACACGAAGAAUAUGUUCACGGAAAUGAAAAGUGUACAGGACGAAGUCACCACAUUUCUGGAUAGCUUGUCUAAACGAAUCCCUUUCGUUUCGGGACGCCCAUCUCCUGGUAGCCCAACCUUCUCGAAGAGGCACUUUUCAACUCCAAGCCUCAAGUUAGCUGGAACUCAGCCGCCAGACAUGAUAAUUGAUCUGCCGUUCGAUCUUGGAGUUUUAGAUGCCUCCGUGCGAGCAGAUUCUAAUUCAUACGCGAUGAGACUGUCAGGCAGGCUUGAGAUGUUAAAAGAGUCGCAUAUGCAUCUCGAAGUAGCGCAGAUGGCAAAGGAGCUCGAUUCCACGCUUUCAGCGACCCUUGAUGAUGUUGACAAUGUCAUCGAGGAUCUAAAUGGUCACAAGUUGGCUCUUGCGGAUUUCGUAGCACAGGAUGAAGGCGUCUUGACCUCAUUGGAUAAACUCUCCAGCGUGGUCGAAGAUUCAUCGCUCUCCAAUCGACGAAGAAUAUCUCUUUCCUUCGCAUCGAUACGUGAACUUCUCCGACGAAUAAAUACUUCUUCAGCCCCUCUUGAACGUACCCACUGUGACCAGAUAUACGUGGCAAGAAUGAGAAACGUCGAAAAUGCCGAAGAGUGUUUUAGGACAUGGGAAGAGCACGUUGCCAGGUUGAAGGAUGACAUCUCCCAGGCAAGGGCCACCGAACUCCAUCGGCAAGAGGCUGUUCGGAAUCUUGAGGAGAAAACUAGACGAGAAGAGCAGGAACGCCUAGCUGCUGAGGAAAGAGAAAAUAUUCGAUUGGCAGAGGAGAGGCUCGCGAUGGAGGAGAAACAGCGUUUAGAAGCUGAACGGCAGGCUCAAGAAAGAAUGCAAGAGGCUGAGCAUCAACGUUUAUUGGCCCUCGAAACUGAACGCAUUCGCUUUGAGGCUGAACAAAAGGAAGCAAGGGAGCGGCAGCGGUUGGAAGAAGAAGCAGCGGUGGAGGCUGCUCGAUUGAAAGCGGAAGAAGAACGGAUUGUGCGUGAGGAGGCCGAAAAGGCGCGGCUGCAACGUGAACGAGAGGAGAUGGAGGAGAAGCUGAGGUUGGUUCAGGAGGAGCUUGAAGAGCAGCGUCGCUGGCACGCAGAGCGAGAGCGACUUGAUGUAGAGAAGGCUGAGAAAGAGCGGGAGCGUCUCGAGGCAGAGAAAGCUGAGUUAGAACGGCUAAGGGAGAAAGAAGAGAAAGAGCGGGAGCAUCUCGAGGCAGAGAAAGCUGAGUCAGAACGGCGAGAGCUAGAGGAGAAAGAGCGGGAGCGUCUUGAGGCAGAGAAAGCUGAGUUAGAGCGGCGAGAGCUAGAGGAAGAAGAACAGAAACGGAGAGAGAAAAAAGUUCAAGAACAAGAGCGACUUGACGCGGAGAAAGCUGAAAGAGAGAGACGAGAGUUAGAGGAGGAAGGGCGGAAACAACAGGAAAAGGAAGCACGAGAGAAAGAGCAACAGUUAGCUAACGAGGCUGAGGAGAAAAGAUUGAUGCAAGAGGCUGAAGAAAGGCAGCUGGCACAGGAGCUUAGAGAGGAGAAAGAGAAAAGAGAGAGACAACUUGCGAAGGAAGCCGAGGAGCAACCAUUGGCGCAUGAAGCCGGAGAUCGACAGCUGGCCCAAGAUGGCGAACAAAAGGGAAUGAUACAUGAGGCUGAAGAAGGACGAUGGACUAAAGAUGCUAAAGAACAAGUACCCCGCGGAGUUGAAUUCAAACAACAGAAAGCGUUCCUUGAGACGGAAGAGAAUAUAGCGACACACAAAACCCCAGGACUCUCAAAGCGAGCUGACCAGAAAGCUGGGGGAGUAAGAGCUCUGAUGCAGCUGUAUUCGGAAAGUGAUGUCUUUGGACUUAACCUUGCGCCUUUAAAUUCACCUGGUACUCAAAAUAAGGAAGUCCUCAACACUCAAGCGCUAAUUUUCGCGCUGAGAAAACGUCUUCAUUCAUUAAACAUUAAUGAGGUUCUUCGACCAACGAAGCCCUCAGCAUAUUUGCCCACACGCGCACAAAUCACUCAAAUGACCGAAGACUUUCUCCACAUCUCGUCUGAUGUCGAUAAGUUGCCCCCAUCUGUGGAUACACCCGCCAUAAAUACUGAGCUGCGAUCACUGAGGAUGGAGGUUGAGGCAUUCUCUCGUCUGCUCACGAAUACUGAACCCUUGAUUCAAAUGUCAGAGGCAGUGCGUCUCUGCGACGCUGGCUUGAGCGACCUUCUUGAACACAUCGACAGCUACCCUGCCCUUCCUCCCGAUGUUAUGUCGUCGUCGUUUGAAGCAUCCAAGAACGCAUCACCUGAGGAACAACUCUCGGCGAGGCUUGCCUUUGUCCAGGGUCUCAUCCAAGACAUGAAGUUGAAGUUCUCCGCCGUAUCCAACGAUGCACGCGCAAUUUCUGAACAUCGACGGGUUGACCAGACUUGGCUUGAGCUAGAAGACAUGGGGAAUGACAGACUCGGUGGAAAGAAAUCGCGUCCAGUCAGCGUCGUCAGUUCGCGACACAGCUCCGGCAGAAGCAGCAGUGUUUCUAUGAACACAAGUUCAGCGAAAAAGGUUGGCUCUUACUCGCACCUCUCCGCCUCCUCUGGCCCUUCCAGGGGAAGAUUGAAUGUUCCCCCUCGUGUGACUUCCCGCCGUGUGGUCUCAGGAGAGCAACCGCGUACUCGCCCAAGUAGCCGGUUAUCCGUUGCGUCAACCAGCCGCUCAGUAUCUGGUUCGUCGUUAUUUGGAUCUACUUUCGCUUCUCGACAACGAACGACAAGUCUAUCAAAUUCGACUUCAACUGCAGCUCGGCCGCCAGCUGUCACCCCGUCGCGAUCACGAGCACAUACCGGCCAAAAUAAACGAACUGGUUCCCCGAGCAUGUCAGAACGCUCGACGUCUCGCUCUGCUAUGGCGCCUCGCACUUCUACAACAUCCACGUCCACCUGGUCUCGUGCUCCAAGAAACUCUUUGUCAUCCAUGGUUGCGCGAGUGACAACGCCACAGAAAAAGACAAGUUCAUCACCACGGAAGAAAUACAUUGCCGAUCCUAAAAGCAAGCUUGACGUCGCUGUGGGUGACGUUGUCAAUCAACUUCCUGUAGGAAUCAACAUUGAAGGUGUAUCGGAGACUUGGAAAGAUCAGAGUGGUAAAUACUGGAUUGGCAAUCAAGAUGCAAAACUUUGCUUUUGCCGCAUCCUACGUUCACAAACCGUCAUGGUUCGAGUCGGGGGCGGAUGGACAGAGCUUUCCCGAUUUAUCCAAGACCAUUUUGCUGACAGCUUCCGGUUGUUGCCAGAGUCCCCUCCUCGUUAUGGGAUGCCCGAAGAAAAGUGGAUUAGUUCGGCGACACUUCUUGAAGCUCCUGAAUUCAAAUCGCCUCCACUGCCACCACGAACGCCUGAGCCAAAACUCCCUUUCGUUCCAUCCUUUUCUCUCUUGACACCCAGUGGGCAAAGUCCACAAUCCAUUAGAUCAUCACCUUCAGCCAAGGGGUCCCCUUUGACUCCUUUGCAGUUCAUGAGACGAGCCGAGCCUGACCCCUCACUCCUUCGGCCAGUGACCCCCUCCAAACCUCCGCAGCGGACUAAAAACACGAAUAAUACGCAUACCCCCGCCCGCAAUUCGGUGUGGCGACCGUAAUUCCCAUCAAUCGGCCACUUCGCACUGGUACGUUUCUGUUUCGUAGCACAUAUUACAUUCGCCUCCUUCGCAUUUACACUAUAUUUAUACGCCCACCGCAAGCAUUACAGCGCAUACUACUACGCCAACCCGUUCACGGACUUGUACGCAUAUGACCUUUAUAAUUUAAUGAACCGCCCUUCGGACG